CCCGCUCGUCCCCGAGAGGCCUCCUUCCCUCUUUUCUCCGCCCCGCGGGAGGCCGGCGCGAAACUCAAAGCGCAAGAUGGCGGCCGCCGAGAGCCUGUUCAGUCAGUUGGUGCCGGUGCAGGCCAAGUGCCAGGGCUGCGAGGAUAGGCGAAUAAACGUUCGUGUGAAUAUUGAGCUGCAAUCAACAACAAAUCCCAUUCAUAGAAAGGAUUUACUUGUUCGACUAACUGAUGAUUCUGACCCUUAUUUUCUAUACAAUCUUGUUAUUUCUGAGGAAGAUUUUCAAAGUUUAAAACUCCAGCAGAGUCUUCUGGUAGAUUUUUCUGCUUUUCCUCAGCGAUUUAUAGACCUCCUUCAACACUGCAUCCAGGAACAAAAUAAAGACAUCCCAAGGUUUUUACUGCACCUGGUUUCAUCGGGCCCUAAUUUAGAUCACACUCCUGCUUUUUUAAACGUGGUCGAGACAAACCCAUUUAAACACCUCACCCACUUAUCACUGAAAUUCCUACCAGGAAAUGAUGCAGAAAUCAAGAAGUUUCUGGCAACCUGUUUGAAAUGUGUUAAGGAAGAAAAAUUGCUGGUGGAACAGAAACUUAGAAAAACAGAUGAGGAUCUUACAAGACAGCUGAACUAUGCCCAUCAGAGCUUGUCGGAAAAGAGCAGGGAACUGGACAAGUUGAGAAAUGAAUUGGCAUCCAAAACAGCAUCUCUAACCAACAAAUAUACCCAGGAACUGACAAAUGAGAAGGAGAAAGCUCUGCAGGCACAAGCACAAUAUCAACAACAGAAUGAGCAACAGAAAAGGGAUCUGGAAAGCUUGCAUCAGAAAACAGUGCAGCAGCUGCAGAAUAGGCUGAAGGAAUUGGAAAAUGUCAACAAGGAGCUAAUGGAAAGGAGAUACAAAGGCGAUUCGACAGUCAGAGAACUUAAAGCGAAAUUGUCUGGCAUAGAAGAUGAAUGCCAGAGAGCAAACCAGGAAGUUCUGUCUCUACGUCGAGAGAAUGCUACCCUAGAUGCUGAAUGCCAUGAAAAGGAAAAACUAGUAAAUCAGCUGCAGACUCGAGUUGCUGUUUUAGAACAGGAGGUCAAAAGCAAGGAGGAUCUGGUUACUAGGGCGAAAGAAGUAUCGGAUGCAACACAUGAGCAAAAGGUAAACCUGGAAAAAAAUAUAGAAAAGAAACAAAUUCAAAUAGGAAAUCUGGAAACGACACUAAAGUCACUAUCAUCUGAACUCCUUAAGGCGAAUGAGAUAAUAAAGAAAUUGCAAGGCGAUGUAAAGACUCUAAUGAGCAAACUGAAGCUGAAAAAUACAGUAACAAUUCAGCAAGAAAAACUCUUGGCUGAAAAAGAAGAAAAACUGCAGAAGGAACAAAAGGAUCUACAAGAAGCAGAAAGUUCUCUCCGAGCAAAAGAGCAAGAGGUGUGCAAGUUGCAGGAACAAUUGGAAGCUACAGUACAGAAGCUGGAGGAAAGCAAGCAUCUUCUCAAAACCAAUGAAAACGUCAUCACAUGGCUAAACAAGCAGCUGAAUGAAAUUCAGAUGACAAGGAAGCAAGAAGUGUCAGGAACAUCUACUAGUCCUAGUGGUACCACACCAAGAACUGGCAUUUCACCUCACAGUAUGGUUGAUAGCAGAAUCCCAUUUUUGAACUCUGCACUAGGCUAUCCCAUCUCCCCUUUGCUGCCUUUUCAAAGUUUCCCAGAUACAAUGGCUGUGAAAAGCAUCAACCAGCAAACUUCAGGACAAAAGCAGGUUCAGUUCAAUGUGCAGCCUCAAGAGAUCAACAGAUGUUCAGAUUUGCAGCCAGGAAUUCCUGUGAUGACGAAUCACCCAACAAAUAAAGAGAAUGGUGAAAACAUGGGAUUGGAAGCAAAAUAUUUGAAGAAAAGAGAAGACAGCAUUCCUUUACGAAGGCUCAACCAAAACACAUCUCACAACACAGGACACCUGAAGACUGCCUUGAUAAAAACACAAAUACCAGCGAAAUCUGCAGCACCUUCCAGACCCUCUGCUUACUUCCCUGGAUAGUAGACAACAUAUUUGCCAUGGUAAAAUGUUUAUCAGCAGUUGCAGUUCUUUUUAUGGUUAUCUUCCCUGUAAAGUGUCAACAUAAACUCAUUUAGUAAGCAAUGAAAAAUCUGAGAGAUAACAAGAGCUAGUUUUUCUUUGGUCUGCUUACAUUGUAAGGACCCAAAUGAGUGAUUGAGCAAUUUUGUAUCAAAUAUCAUCAAAGUGCACUGACGCAAGUCAUUUAAAUUAAAAUUAUACCAAGGAUGAGCUCAUCCAUUCAUUCUUUGCAACACUUCUGAGGCUUUCGGAAGUGCACAAAUUUCCUACUUACCAUAUGUCAAACUAAAUUAUCUUAAUAUUGAUUGUCUGUUGCUUAUUUGACCAGAUGGUGGCACUCUUUAUAAACGUUUGAACCUUUCCUAACUUUACAGGGAGAAAAGUAAAUAAGCUCUUCCAGGUUUAUUUUGCAAAUUUAUUUUUCAUUGAUCCUAAAUAUAAGUAAUUUGGUAGUGUUCCACUAAUUUCAAUGGGACAUUCACCAGUGCAAAAUUCUUCCACCAAGAUUCCUAAUAGUAAGCAAGGUGUGUCUAGUUCUUACCAGGGUUCAGGAGGCAUUACUUGACUUUGUUGGAUACCAAAUGCAGCAGUCUAAAUUAGAUUUGCCAGGUGAGUUCAGCCUUACAGCAAACCUUAAUUUUGAAAUAUAUCAACUUUUUAUAUCUUAAUGGUCUGUAGUAUAGUAUCCGAGUAUGUUUAGCAUUCUAAGCUACUGUCCAACAUUUGAAUCACAACAAAGGAUAAUUUUGCUGCUUUUCAAAAUAUUGUAAAUUUAGAAUGUCAGUUUUUAAGUUGUAAAAUGUUGCAGUCAAAGUUUUACAUUACAUAAAACUGGUGCAUACCGAUAACAAACAACUUUUGUAAAAUUAAUGAAAAUCAGCAAUCCUUCAAAAGGAUUUUAAGGCCUUUACAUUGCUACUGAAAUCAGUAAUAAGCACUAUUCAGAUUCUCCAAAAGCUAUGAAAUUUCAGAAUACUUGAUGGUGGGUGAUUAAUGCCCAGUGCAAGACCUAUUAAUUUCAGUAGGUUGUGAUUACACUUCUCUAUUCUAAAUAGCAGCAGUGUAAGAUUUUUUUUGCAAAGCAUGCUUUUUUAUCAGUCUAACUGAUUUGUAUUGGGAACUCUACAUGUGUGAUUUCAAAACUGGAGUGUCAUUUCUUUAGCUGUUAGCAGUCAUGAUAUUCAAGUCUUUUAAAGGCAGUUAGUAUAGUAGGUUGUUACCCACUUAUGAGUGGCUUGCUUUUUAAGCACAUGGGCUUUUUGUAUAUUGUUACAGGUUUGUAAAUACAAAUUAUUUGAACAUGUAUGGCAGAAUCAUUCUUUGCAGUGUAGAAUUUGUACAUUUGUCUUUUAAUCAGAAUGCAUGUUCACAUGUAUCUAAAUGCUUGUUUCAGUAAAUUUUCAAAUAAAAUGAAACAAAUACUG